ACCUAAACUCUUUUGCCAACCGUUAAUAAACCAUAGAAGAAGUAGAGGACUGUGGAGGAAUAAAAUGUUUUUAAAAAUCUGCUCGCUGGAAGUAAAUUAAACGUUGGAUUAAAAGGAAACUUUUUUUUUUCUUUUACAAUAUUUACAAGACCCAGUAAUAAAGACGGUUCAGGUGAAUUUAAGAAGAUGGUACUGAAAGAGAUUCCAACAGACAACAUCACCCGCCCUUUGGGCCGGAACGAGGUCAUAGGUCUACUCUUUCGCCUCACAAUAUUUGGUGCCGUCACAUAUUUUACAAUAAAGUGGAUGGUGGAUGCCAUUGAUCCAACAAGAAAACAGAAACUUGAGGCACAAAAACAGGCCGAGAAACUCAUGCGGCAGAUUGGAGUGCAGAAUGUGAAGCUUUCUGAAUAUGAGAUGAGCAUCGCAGCUCAUCUUGUGGAUCCUCUAACUAUGCAGAUUACAUGGUAUGACAUUGCAGGCCUGGAUGAAGUCAUAACUGAACUGAAAGACACCGUUAUACUUCCGAUCCAGAAGAGACAUCUGUUUGUAGGAUCCAGGCUUCUUCAGCCACCCAAAGGUGUGUUGCUGUAUGGGCCUCCAGGCUGUGGGAAAACGCUUAUAGCCAAAGCUACGGCCAAAGAGGCUGGAUUCCGCUUCAUUAACCUGCAGCCUUCCACUCUCACUGAUAAAUGGUACGGAGAAUCCCAGAAACUAGCUGCUGCUGUCUUUUCGCUGGCCAUCAAGCUACAGCCCUCUAUUAUCUUCAUCGAUGAGAUCGAUUCCUUUUUGAGGAGUCGCUCAAGUUCAGAUCAUGAGGCCACCGCUAUGAUGAAGGCUCAGUUCAUGAGCUUAUGGGACGGACUGGAUACUGACUACAACUGCCAGGUCAUAAUAAUGGGAGCCACCAAUCGGCCACAAGAUCUUGAUUCUGCAAUACUCCGAAGGAUGCCCACAAGAUUCCACAUCAAUCAGCCUAAUGUCAAGCAGAGGAGAGACAUAUUGAAACUGAUCCUCAAGAAUGAGAAUGUUGAGUCUGCUGUGGACUUUGGUGAAAUUGCAAAACAGACCGAUGGGUUCUCAGGAAGUGACCUCAGAGAGAUGUGCCGAGAUGCUGCUCUGCUUUGUGUGCGUGACUUUGUGCACCAGGAAAGUCCAGAUGAAGACUUCAUCCGUCCCAUCAGGCAGGAAGACUUGCAGAGGGCAAUUGGGAAGAUGAGGAAGUCCAAAUCUGCAGGAGUGCAAGAUGCGUUUAUGCAUGUACCACUGGACUGAAAUGUGAUUCUGCUGUUUUAAAAGAACAAGAAACUAGAUUUGGUCUAUUUUUUCUUAUUUGUGGCAUAUCGUCAUGUUUUGCAAGAGGGAAAAACUCAGGAUUUAUAAAAGGUGGAAUGGGUUUUUAUUUUAUUUAUGUUUUGCGCUGUAAUUUCCAUACUGUAUUUGCAACUCAAUCAAUGAGCCUUAUUAAAAAAAAUAAUCAUUCUAAUUACAUGUGUGCAACCAUUCUUAAGUAAAUUGUCUCUUCAGUGGGACAGUUUACAAAAGAAUGGAACAGUUUACAUAAAAUUAAUUUUGCUUGUGUUUCAAGAAUAAGGCCUAUUGUGUUUGUCUUCAUAGCUUUGGUUUGUGUGGUUUUGCUUGUUCUGUAAAACCCUGUGAGAGGUUCGUGAAGAUGGGGAAACAGUGUAGUUACUAUUUCCAGGUACGUACUUUCCCCUGCAAUAAUACUUUUUUACAAUAUGUAACAAUUCAGCUGAUUUGUGAGCACAAAAACAUCAAGACGAUUUCUAACUCAGAACAGCUUGUUUCCCCAGCGAGUGAAGGAUUUGAUUGAGGUGCAUUUAUGGAUUUAUAAGCCAUUUAUAUUUAAUAAAAUGUUUAAGCGUUUAAUUUAACCCAGAGUAGAGGUUAUGUGGUGACCUGUUGUAUAGAUAUUUAUUUGUAAAACAUUAAAUAUGCUCACACAGAAUAUUUGGGGCCAGUGCAAGAAUCUUUCAGUUACUAAGUUUCCUAGUUUACAAUAGUACACUGAUAUCUUCAGUCUAAAUGUGCUUCGAUUAAAGCAAAAAGCCCCAUGAAGCCGUGGUACAUUGAAUUUAGAACAGCUACGGGUCAUGGUUUGGCACAACACGAAGUGUUAUUAAAUUCACUGUAAACCAUGGCUUCUUGGGGGGUUACUGCUUUUAUAAAAUGGUUAUUCCAUAUAUGUAGUAAGAUUUCACAGAAUAAAACAGCAAAUAAAGUAAUGAUAUAAAUAAAAAUAGUAUUCUUCCAGCAAACAAUGUAGUUCCUCAGAAUCAGUUGUGGUUCCAACAAAGUGAUUGCUGAGCAACACACAGAAGUAAACAAAGGUGUAUGUUUGUAGUGUCAUUUACAACAACUUCGAAUGUGGCUCAACCAGUCCGAAGCAAGGACCGGAACUAUCCGUUUAACAAGUCAGAAUAUACAGUUUACACUGUUGAAAAAUAGGACUGCAAUGGUUUGUCUUAAUGAAGUUUAUUGGAAUGAUUGCCCAAUGCACAUUACAUCAAAUAUUGUAAGAAAUUGCAAAAUGUAAAUCUCACAAGUUUGUACAAAAAGUAUUAAAGAAGUAAAUAAAUUUCCUGUAAGAUAAUAAAUAUGUUUAGGUUGGUCCGUUAAGAAAAUGGAAAGACAAUAAAUAUACUCUUGUUCCUUCA